AUCGAAAAGUAUCGCCAAAGGUAAAAUCCGAUUGACCGCGACGGGAGUUAUUAUUGGAAAAGGUUGCCGCCUGUGACGAAACGAAGCAGCGAAACAGCGAAGCGACAAGAGACCCCUUGAACCUCGGACGCCGACGCGACAUCAAAUCUCACGAGGCAACGAUUAAUGUCUCUAACUGUGCCGCAGAAUUAAAUCAACAAAAUUUCCCACAAUUUCUGCCUCUGGAAAUUCUUGAGCUUCUCCUUACCCAUCAACGCAUCAUCACAGUCGCAAACAUGAAGGCAAUGAAGGGGAUGAACGUAAACCGCAUGUUUGGUUCUCUGAAGCGCAAACCGAAUUCGAGUUCCACAGAUGGAGGAAUGGUAGAUUCGGGUUUGGAUACGCCAGAAGCAAAUGCGACUCGGAAUGUGCGUUUAUUCUGCGAAUCUGGAGGACCAAACGGAUCUGGAGAAGAGGUCCUCUAUCUGCCAACUAUUGUCGAAUCCUGCGAAUCGUCUCCAUCCGCUGCAAAGGAAGCCGCCUACGUGAUUCGGAAGUUCUUGUCAAAGGACAACUUCUCCAAACCAUACGUUCAGUACAAUGGCAUUAUGCUCAUUCGGAUUCUGGCGGACAAUCCAGGCAAGACUUUCACGAGAAAUGUUGAUACCAAGUUCGUAGAGACGGUCAAGGAGCUGCUCCGAGUGGGACGAGAUCCAAGUGUCAAACAAAUAUUGAUGGAGACGCUGGACACCUUCCAGAGAGAGAAGGCAGAUGAUGAGGGUUUAGUUAAGCUGAACGAAAUGUGGAAGAAGGAGCACGAGAGGAUGAUCAAGAUACAUGGACCUGCAGGACCUCGAGUUCUGAAUGCUCCUGCUUUCAAUCCCAACAGCCCUGAAUACUUCUCUCGAAAUCAUCACAGUCGAAGAUUACCACCACCCCACGAACUUUCCACACGAAUCGAAGAAGCCAAGACAUCAGCAAGUCUCCUCGCCCAAGUCGUCCAAUCCACACCUCCUUCGGAACUCCUUUCAAACGAACUCGUCCGCGAAUUUGCAGAUCGUUGUCAAAGUGCUAGCAGAAGCGUACAAGCAUAUAUGAUUGCAGAGAAUCCAGGCCCAGAUAAUGAUACAAUGGAGACGUUGAUUGAAACCAACGAGCAAUUGAGCAAAGCUCUCAGUCAACAUCAACGAGCAGUCCUCAAUGCUCGAAAGAUUCUAGGCCUAAAUGGAGAAUCAGGCACCACACCACCAGCAACAGGAGGGUAUUCACAGGGAGCUCCAAACAGAACAGACUACCUGCCUCCAGGUGGACCACCGCCAAACAGAAAUUCAGGGUAUAGCACAUCUGGUUCAGGCUUCGCCCUUCCACAAGGACCGCCUCCUGGAAGAACUGGCAAUGGCUUCGUUGCACCAGCUGGUCCUCCUCCCACAUUAUCUAUGAAGCCCGUCCCACGAAAAGCUGCAAAGGGCGGCCCACCAGUACCUCCACCAGGUGAUUAUGCACCUACCGGAGACGACGAGGAGAAUCCAUUCUCUGAUCCCAAGGACAACAAUAAGCCCAGCAUACCAUUCCCCAAAGAUCAGCCACCCACAUCGACAGGCCAGUUCAACGAUCGACUAGGCAUCGAACCAUACCAUCCCGGCUUUAGGGAAACGCCAAGCUAUGUUGGGAGACAAGAGAGUUCCACAGGCGGGGUCACGAUGCAUGCUGCUGUUCCUGAGACACCUGAUGUAGAUGAUGAAGGACGGGCUAGGGAUUUGUAUGGGGUCUCGCCUGGGGUGAAGGCGCCUGUUUAUCGGUACUGAGUCUGGAGGGAAUGUUGAAGAUGCUUCAGUACUUCCAUUGUCCGGCUGGAGAAGAAUUUCCAGCUAGAUCUCAGGCUGCGAGGCUGGGUGUUUGUUUUAUGACAUGUUAUGAUCCAAUGAGAGGAGGCAAGUGUCAGUAUUGUAUUCAUUCCAGAUGAGUUGGAUAGCGGCAUC